GAGAGAUACCACUAGUGUUUCUGAAUUCUGCUCUGUUCAUAUCAAUCAUCAAAAUGGGUUCUCUAAUGGGAGGCUGGGACUCUCCUGUCCGCGACUUGAAAUCUGUGACAUACCAGAGAAACAACUCAUGUACCAAAGAAGAAAUUGAAGCUUAUUGGAAAUCAAAAGAGCCAGUCUUCGAGAAAGAAAAUUAUACUCAGAGAGUUAUUGACCAGGAGAAUACAUCUAAAAAGCAAUCAGGAAAUGUGAAGAAGUUUCGGAGAUUCAGUUCAUUGCCUUUAAUGGAUAGAAAGGGUAAUAUCCUCGAUGUUGACGAAACUGCUAUCGACAAACUAAUCAAGACAAACAACUGGUGGACUAGGAGCAACUGGGCAUUUCUUAAUGAACCUCCUGUAAUAUCUACUACUGAUCAUGAAGGCCGGGCUAUGUACACAUACUCGCCACAGUAUGAUGUAGCUAGCGGCUUUGGGUCCCCGAAACAAGAAGAUACUCGUCCCUGAAUAAGUACAUUGAGGGCUGUCUGUCUCUUUCUCUGGUUAGUAAUAGAAGUAUAGUAGUACAAUUUCUCUUACUAUGUUUGCUUGGGCUUUAGGCCUAAAAAGAAAAAAACAACUACCAGUUUUGUACGGAAAAUGUAUAUUUGUAGAUAUGUAUAUGGACUAGGUAAUAAUCCGUGCCUUUGACAUGGCUGGUUAGCCAAUAGAUCCUUACUACUGGCACGGCUAGUUUAAGUAAUAUUUUAAUGCGGUGUUAUCUUUUUU